CCACAAUAAUAUUUCUUCUCUCUUGCUCUCUUUCUUUUCCUGCCAUGCCAAGUGCCCUCUAGAAGAAGAAGAAGAAGAGGAAGAGGAGGAAUCGGAAUCAUAUUCCUAUCUCUUUGCCUAUCCAUAUCCCUAUCCCUAGCUCCUUCUCCAUCCUUCAUUUUUAUUUUGGCCUUUGAAUUUCCUUCCUUCCAAAAAACAUAAAAUAAUGGGAUUCAAAUUCUACAAAAGGUUUAGUAAUUCAAUCUUGUUGUACAAAUCAUCCCAUUUUAUCUCUUCAGGACGCCAUACGAGUGCUACUAGCAGUGCCUGUGCCAGCUUCCUACUCCAACCACCCUUCAAUUCUCACUACCAAGUUAAUAAUAACAAUAGGUAUAACAACCCUCCUCCUUUCAUAAUCCACAGAAGGUGGCAUUUUGGCCAUUCUCAUGCCCAUCACUCUGACCACCACCACCGACCCUCUCCUGGUGAGCAAAGCGAAAGUAUAUUCCGUUUGGGACUCGCUGCCGAUAUCGGCUUGGCGGCUGGAAAGGCUUUCACUGGCUAUUUAUCUGGUAGCACUGCCAUCAUCGCCGACGCUGCUCAUUCUGUCUCUGACGUGGUGCUUAGUGGGAUUGCGUUGUGGUCUUUCAAAGCUGGGAUGGCUCCUAAAGAUAAAGAACACCCUUAUGGGCAUGGCAAGUUUGAAACUCUUGGAGCCCUUGGGAUAUCUUGCAUGCUUUUAGCAACUGCUGGUGGUAUUGCGUGGCAUGCAUUAGAUCUUUUACUUGGGUUGCUGACUGCAGUGCCUGAGGUAGCAAACCAUCCAUUGACCCAUGAACAUGUGCAUAAUCAUCUUCAAGGUGGGCAUCAUCAUGGGGUUGACAUGGAUCAUCCCAUCCUUGCUUUGAGUAUGACAAUUGUAUCAAUUUCUGUUAAAGAAGGGCUCUUCUGGAUAACAAAACGAGCUGGGGAAAGGCAAGGAAGUGGACUAAUGAAAGCAAAUGCUUGGCAUCAUCGUGCAGAUGCCAUUUCAUCUGUUGUUGCUCUUAUUGGUGUUGGAGGGGCUAUUCUUGGAGUAAAGUUCCUGGAUCCUCUUGCUGGACUUGUUGUCUCGAGUAUGAUACUUAAAGCUGGACUUGAAUCAGGGUACCAGAGUGUUUUGGAAUUGGUAGAUGCUGCAAUCCCAGAGGAAGAUCUGUAUCCUAUAAAGCAAACAAUACUACAAGUUCAGGGAGUCCAGGGAUGCCAUCGCUUGAGAGGAAGGAGAGCUGGUUCAUCUCUAUACCUUGAUGUACAUAUUGUGGUUGAUCCUUUUCUUAGUGUUAGUGCUGCUCAUGAAAUCGGUGAAAAUGUUCGCCAGGAAAUUCACAACUCCCAUCCAGGAAUAGCUGAAGUUUUUAUACACAUAGAUCCCGCAUAUUUAUGUAUUUCUCCUACUAUGAUGGAUCAAGAAGAAAAUUUAAAUGGAAAAGGGAAUCAGAAUAAAAAGAUUUCUUUGGAUGACAAAGACAUUGAAUUGAUUGUUUCUGGCGUUUUCUCAUCAAAGAUCCCGGAGAAAAUAGAGGUUGAGCGUAUAACCCGCCACCUGAUGCAAGGCAAUAUAUUACUCCAAAUUGAAAUUUCCAUGCGCCCUAGCAUCUUGAUUAGGGACGCCAUGGAACUGGCAGGAGAAGCAGAAAAGGAAAUCUUAAAGGCAUCCUCUAGUAUCAUUCAAGUUGGUUUUCUGCUAAGAUUAGGGAGUCCCAUCCCCAAGUUUGUCAAUGAAUAGUUGGGAUGCCUCAGGGACGGAAGCUCAUCCACUGAUCUGCAUGUUUGUAUUUUAGAACAGUGCAUUUGUUGGAUUUUGUAUACAUAGUCCCUAACCCUGAAAGCGGAAUUGUCUAAUUGCUUAUGAGAGGUACCAUACAAAGACCGCUAGGAGUAACCCCAUAACAUUCUAUAAAAUAAAACAGCAGGAUGGAAUUGCAUA